AUUUCAGAGACUUUAUUACAUUACAGGAAUAGGCCUAAAAAGUUCUCACAGUUCUCUCGUUCUCCUUUCUCCGAGCACUCACCACCACACUUCUCUUUCAAUCUAGAGAGAGAGACAGCUUUCUCUCACUACAAAACAAUACGCAGAGAGCGAUGACAUGAAAGCAUGCUUGUCGGCCAUUAGAGCUUCAUCCCCAAGAGCUCAGAUUUCACUGUUCGACGCGUUCUCUUUCAUUUCUUAUUAUUUUUAUCUUUCUUUCUUUCUUUUUGGGUGAGAAAAGUGGGAGAUUUUUCUGUAAUUCUUUUUGGGUGGGGAAAAAGCCGCGAGAAAAGGUGGGAAAACAUUGGGCUUGGCAGAUAUUUAAGCAACAAAUCUUGGGUCUUUUGUAGAUCGGAGAUCGCCCACCAUUUGUGGGGGAGAAAAGAAAAAAAGAAGAAAAAGGAAAAGGACGAAUUUUGAUUUGGCAAGGUGGGAUUCUGAUUCAUGAAUUCCAUGGUUUUUAGUUUGUCAUUUCAGAAGGUCAAUAAUGUCAAGUGGUGGACUUGCUGUUUCUAUUAUCUCUUCUACGAUGAGUGACAAAAAGGUGAAGCUUAUAGAGGUGUUCAUUAUCUGAUCAUAUGCUGGUUGCAAUUUUGCGGGAGUUGCUAAAAUGUUCGGAAAUUUCGAACUGCGGAAUGUUUUGGAGGUGGGAUUUGUUGGAUUUUCACUUGUCUUAACUCUGCUGGCUUUCACUUCAGAGGGACUGAAUUCUGAGGGGCUUUGCCUCCUGGAGCUGAAGAACAGUCUUGACGAUAGAUUUAAUUUGUUGGGGAAUUGGAAUCCCAAUGACAAAACACCGUGCGGAUGGUCCGGUGUAAAUUGCACUGCUGGUUAUGAUCGAGUUGUUUGGUCUCUUGAGUUGAAUUCCAUGAAUCUCUCAGGAACAUUGAGCCCCAGCAUUGGUGGUUUAGUCCACCUGAUUCGUCUUAAUCUCGCUUACAAUGCACUCACUGGAAACAUACCUGAGGAGAUUGGGAAUUGUUCGAGGUUGGAAGAACUCUAUCUGAACAACAAUCAAUUUAUGGGGCAAAUUCCUGCCCAAUUGGGUGAUUUGUCUAACUUGAGAAGUUUGAACCUGUGCAACAACAAGCUCUCUGGUUCCAUGCCAGAGGAGCUUGGGAAUUUGACUUCUCUGGUCGAGUUCGUGGCAUACACCAACAAUAUUACCGGUCCUUUGCCUCGUUCUAUUGGGAAUCUCAAGAAUCUGAAAACGUUUAGAUCUGGUCAGAACGCUAUUUCUGGUAGCCUACCGGCUGAAAUAAGUGGAUGCCAGAGCUUGGAGCUUCUUGGUCUUGCUCAAAACCAUAUAGGAGGGGAAUUGCCAAAGGAGCUCGGGAUGCUUGGGUGCUUGACGGAUCUGAUUCUGUGGGAAAACCAGCUAUCUGGGCUUGUUCCCAAGGAACUUGGGAAUUGUUCAAGCCUGGAGACUAUUGCUUUAUAUGAGAAUUCUCUCAGUGGACCAAUUCCCAGUGAGAUUGGGAACCUCAAGUCCUUGAGAAGGCUGUAUAUUUACAGAAACGAGUUAAAUGGAACUAUCCCAAGGGAAAUUGGAAAUCUUUCUCUUGCAACAGAAAUUGAUUUCUCGGAGAACUAUUUGACUGGCGAGAUCCCCACCGAAGUCAGUAAGAUAAACGGUCUACGGUUACUCUAUCUCUUUCAGAACCAGCUUACAGGUGUAAUACCAAGUGAGCUUAGUAGCUUGAAGAACUUGACAAAGCUUGAUCUUUCAAUAAAUUUUCUUGAGGGUCCCAUUCCAUAUGGAUUUCAGUAUCUGAAUAAAAUGAUACAGUUCCAGCUGUUUGACAACUCUCUCAAUGGUAGCAUUCCUCAGGGGCUUGGACUCUACAGCCAACUUUGGGUAGUUGAUUUUUCACAUAACUACCUGACAGGAAGAAUACCUCCUUAUCUCUGUCGAAAUUCUAACCUGAUUUUGUUAAAUCUGGAGACUAAUAGGCUGUAUGGAAAUAUCCCAACCGGAAUAUUGAACUGCAAAUCAUUGGUGCAACUUCGACUUGCUGGAAACAGUCUUACCGGGAGUUUUCCUUCUGAGCUGUGCAAUUUGGUGAACAUUUCUGCCAUCGGAUUGGACCUGAAUAGGUUCAGCGGUCCGAUUCCUCCAGAGAUAGGAAACUGCAAGAAGCUGCAGAGGCUUCACAUUUCAGACAAUUACUUCAACUCUGAGUUGCCUAAGGAAAUAGGAAGUCUUUCUAUGUUGGUGACUUUCAACAUAUCAUACAAUCUUCUCACUGGGAAAAUUCCACCUGAAAUAGUUAACUGCCAGAUGCUACAACGUCUUGAUCUCAGUCGGAAUAGGUUUAAAGGUCCGUUGCCCAAUGAGCUAGGAACCCUUCUGCAGUUGGAGCUUCUCCGGCUUUCGGAGAAUAAAUUCUCUGGAAAAAUCCCAUCUGCAUUAGGAAACCUCUCCCGUUUGACAGAGUUACAAAUGGGUGGCAACAUGUUUUCUGGUGAGAUACCUCCGGAGUUGGGUUCCCUUUCAGGUUUGCAGAUUGCAAUGAAUCUUAGUUUCAAUAACCUGACCGGGAAUAUACCGUCCCAGCUUGGCAAUCUUAAUAUGCUUGAAUUUCUCCUGCUCAACAACAACCAUUUGACCGGUGAAAUCCCGAGCUCGUUGGAGAACUUGUCAAGCUUAUUGGGGUGCAACUUCUCGUACAAUGAUCUUACUGGACCUUUACCUUCUAUACCUCUGUUCCAGAACAUGGCUGUUAGCAGCUUUUUUGGGAACAAAGGGCUUUGUGGUAGGCCUCUUGACGAAUGUGGUGGAAACUUGUAUUCUAAUUUUGUUCCCCAUUCGAAAAGGAGUGAAACUCAUCGUGGAAAAAUCAUUACUGCAGUUGCAGCUGCUGUUGGUGGUGUUUCUCUCAUUCUUAUUGUUAUUAUCUUAUAUUUCAUGAGAUGUCCUUCCGAGACGGUCGUAUCCUUGCAAGAGGAUAUUCCAUCUUCUGAUUCAGAUAUCUACUUUCCUCCAAAAGAUGGGUUCACGUUCCAAGAUCUAGUUGAGGUGACUAAUAACUUCCAUGAAAGCUUUGCUGUCGGAAGGGGAGCUUGUGGAACCGUUUAUAAGGCGGUAAUGCAUUCUGGAAAGACCAUUGCUGUUAAGAAGCUAGCAUCUAAUAGUGAGGGGAAUAACAUAGAAAACAGUUUCCGCGCUGAAAUUUCCACUCUCGGGAAAAUCAGGCAUCGCAACAUUGUGAAGUUAUAUGGAUUUUGCUAUCACCAGGGUUCUAAUUUGCUUCUUUACGAAUACAUGGAAAAUGGUAGCUUGGGCGAAUUGCUUCAUGGCGCCUCUUCUAGGUUGGAAUGGCCGACUCGUUUUACAAUUGCUCUCGGAGCUGCUGAAGGUCUUGCAUAUUUACAUCAUGACUGCAAACCAAGGAUUAUUCACCGCGAUAUAAAGUCCACCAAUAUUCUACUUGAUCGGAACUUCGAAACCCAUGUUGGUGAUUUUGGUUUAGCAAAAGUAAUUGAUAUGCCUCAUUCCAAAUCAAUGUCAGCAGUUGCUGGAUCAUAUGGAUAUAUUGCUCCUGAAUAUGCGUACACCAUGAAGGUUACAGAAAAAUGUGACAUCUAUAGCUAUGGGGUAGUUUUAUUGGAGUUGCUAACUGGAAAGACUCCUGUACAACCGCUCGAGGAAGGAGGUGACCUUGUCACUUUGGUAAGGCAUUAUAUCAGAGAUCAUUCAUUGAGAUCUGGGAUACUUGAUAAUCGAUUAAAUCUGGACGACAAAAGUAUGGUUGAUCAUAUGCUUACAGUCUUGAAGAUUGCUCUAAUGUGCACAAGUGUGUCCCCUUUUGAUCGACCAUCAAUGCGAGAAGUCGUCUUGAUGCUUAUCGAGUCCAACGAGCAAUUUAUUUCGUCUCCAACUGAGGAUCUUCCCCUGAAAGACGACAUCCGGUGAAAGUAUGCGAUUUUUUUCCCGAAGUUUUAUAAACUCAGAUUAUUAUUAUUAUUUUUUUUAUUUCCUUGUGUUAUUCGCUAUAGGAAAAUGAUAAGGUCUUGUAUAUUUUCAUUAGAUCAACGUUAACGAAAUUCUCUCUUUCAUAGCUUACAGGGGUAAUUAGUUUUGAUCUCUUUCCAAAAUUAUUUAUUCCCUUUUGCUUAUUCAUAGAGCAAGUAAAAGUCAAUGUACAGUUCAAAGCAUUCAUUUUUCAUGAAUUCACUGGCUCCUUCUGAGAAUUAAAUUUACUCGAUGAUUAUUCUCUU